UUGCAAUAUAUCGAACGCUUUCAGUUUAUACGUCAAAAAUCACAUUUGGCUGUUCUCUUGUUACAAAUUUUAUUUUAUUAAUAUAAUUUUCAGUUUUCCUUUCCUACCCUUUCAAAACAUACCUUAAAAUAAAUUGUCUACCUUUUGCAAAUAAAUAAAAACAAUCAUUUAAACCAACCAAAAUGAGCAGUUUCCGACGAAGAUUAGUACGUCCAUUCAUAAUAGGCACAAAAACUAGCCCUCAAACUGGACAAGUAAUUACUGGGAGUGGUAAUCCAGCACUAGAUGAGCUUCUUGGUGGUGGAAUUCCCAUGAAUUCCAUAGUUUUGAUAGAAGAAGAUAAGCACUGCAUCUAUUCCAAAGUACUCUGCAAAUAUUUCCUGGCAGAGGGAGUCAUUAAAAACCAGCAGUUAUUUCUAGCCAGUCUGGAUGAUAGUCCCGAUGAAAUAUUCAAAAAACUGCCACAACCCGUGUUCUGUGAUCAAUUUUACAGAGGCCAACCACCACCAGAAUUCGAACAGCUUACCCAGGACACAACCAGCUUAAGAAUUGCAUGGCGAUAUAAUGAUUUACCAUAUUUGAAUGUCGACAAGAGCUAUGGUGACGGUGAUCAUCAUUUUAACUUGUUGAACUACAUGACUGAGGAUGAAGUGGCUAAUGUGUCGAAAGUUUUAUGGGAUGGCACUUAUUCGAAGGAAACUAGUUUGGAAGAUAAUAAUUGUUCUAAACCGGAUCUAGCUGAGGAAGAGGAAGAAGAGGACGAUGAGAGUGAUAGUGCCACGGACGGGAGCUGUUUCUUUAGCAAUAAACUUUUCCAAAAUCUGAUUGAUACCAUAGCAAAGGAAUUGCGAAUGGUUAAUUUUUGGCGCAUUUGCAUACCAUCGUUGGGAUCGCCAUUGUGGUAUGAUGAUAAUUUUGGAGAGGAUUUGCUCAAGUUUUUAACCAUCUUGCGGGCAUUUGUGCAGAAUACACAAUGUGUGUGCUUCUUAACUAUGCCAAUGCAUUUAAUUGCUAAAAAUGACGAAUCACUUGUGCCAAAAAUCCGAAACCUUGUUGACUAUGCUAUUGAGUUGGAAUCUUUUGCCGGAUCUGAACGUGAAACAAAUCCUGCAUUUAAAGAAUAUAAUGGAUUGCUGCACUUUAAGAAAAUGUCGGCCAUAAAUUCACUUGCCUUGUUUCAACACUCCGAUUUGGCAUUCAAGCUGCGUAGAAAAAAAUUCGUCAUUGAAAAGUUUCACCUUCCUCCAGAACUUGGAAAAAGUACAGAGCAGGAUUCCGAAGAUUUCGUUUCCAAACAAGCGCCAGCGCUUGCAAACUGUGCAAAUACCAGUCCUUCAAAUCCUUUAUUUUUCUGAAAUAAUAGAUUUUGUACAUUUUA